AUAUUAUUCGAUAAAGUAACCAAAGCUUUUCACUCAUCACCAUUUGCGUUGAUUCGCUCUUCUUCCACUCUAUCACAAUUCACAAAAACCUCUGCUCAAAAUCGAAAAACUUCAAAUCAUAAAACAGGAAUACAUCAAAAGAUUAACAAUUGCUUUGCUCUAAUGGCGGAAAAACCCCAACCGGUUCAGGUAUUAUACUGUGGUGUUUGCGGGUUACCCGCUGAGUACUGUGAAUUCGGACCCGAUUUUGAAAAAUGCAAACCCUGGUUGAUCCAAAAUGCAGCUCAGAUUUACCCCGAUCUUCUUCAAGGCGCAAAUGCGAAGGAAGUAGAUAGAGUUUCAAAUCAACUCCAAUCGUCUUCGAUUGCAGAUGGCACUUCGGUUUAUGGCUCUUCGGCACCAAAGCAGGAACCAGUAAAGAAACUUCCAGGGGGAAAGAUAAAAAAGAAGGAAAAACAAGAGGUUAUAAUUGAGAAGGUAACCCGUAACAAGCGAAAGUCUAUCACCACUUUGAAAGGCCUUGAUCUUUUUGGUGUUAAACUGAGUGAUGCUUCGAAGAAGCUUGGAAAGAAAUUUGCUACUGGAGCAUCUGUUGUUAAGGGGCCAACCGAGAAGGAUCAGAUUGAUGUACAAGGAGACAUAGCAUACGACAUUGUGGAGUUUAUCACACAUACUUGGCCAGACGUUCCUGAAACAGCGAUUUUCUUUAUUGAAGAUGGGAAAAAGGUCCCGGCGGUGUGAAAUUUGGAGGUAGAGUAUAGUAUUUCUCUUCCACUGUUGGAUUUCUAAAACUUCCAACUGUAUCCUUGAUAGAAAGAGUUGUUUUUGUGUUCAUAAACCAUAUAAUAAAUACCCAUUUUACCCUUUUCUUUCUUCUUGAAAUCGCCUUCGAUAUAUAUGACAUGAAGUACAUAUUUGAUUUUGCAAUAUCAGCUAUGGUUUGUGUUUGGUCUCUA